GGGCCGGGAGGAGGUCGCCCGCCAGCGCAGGUCCAGCCUGUGCGCGCCCCGCUGUUUCCAUAGGAACCGCGGCCGCGCCGGGGCCCCCCUGCGGAGUCCUCCGUAGGAGCAUGCCCAGUGGAAGCCGCUAGUUUGGCUCAGGUCUGGGUUUCCAGUAAGUGGCGUGCGGGACUCCGGAGAAAUCGCAAUGAGCUGAACCGAGAGUCUUUGUGUGCAGUGGGCGGCGGCGGCCGCCUGGUCUGGAGACCCGCCCGGGAGCCCGGGAGCCCGGCAGCAACCAUGCUGGCGUGCCUGGCCCGGGGGAACUUGCUGGACGUCCUGCAGGAGGGCUUCACCGAGCAGCAGCUGCAGGCCUAUGUGGCCUGGGUGAACGCGCAGCUGAAGAAGAGGCCCGCGGUGAAGCCAGUGCAGGACCUGCGACAGGACCUUCGCGAUGGGGUGAUCCUGGCUUAUCUCAUCGAGAUUGUGGCAGGAGAAAAGUUGAGUGGGGUACAACUGAACCCUAGAAACCAGCAGGAGAUGAAGAAUAACGUGGAGAAGGUGCUACAGUUUGUGGCCUCCAAAAAGAUUCGAAUGCACCAGACCUCAGCUAAAGAUAUUGUGGAAGGAAACCUGAAGUCUAUCAUGAGGCUGGUCCUUGCCUUGGCAGCUCACUUCAAACCCGGCUCUAGCAGGACAGUAAGCCAAGGACGGGACAUCAGAGCUCCUCUGCAGAGUCACCAGCCACACUGUGCCACUGCUGUGGCCCAGGGAGCAGCUGCUGCUCUGGCCGAUGUGUGUCGUGACAUGUCACGGUCAGGACGGGAUGUCUUUCGAUUCAGACAGAGGAACAGCAGCAUGGACGAGGAGAUCGAGAAUCCGUACUGGAGCGUGCGAGCUCUGGUGCAGCAGUACGAAGGGCAGCAGAGGUCUCCGUCUGAGUCCAGCUGCUCCAGCCUGACUUCACCCAGUCCUAUCCACAGUGCCAAGAGUGAAUCCAUUAUCACCCAGUCAGAGGAGAAGGCAGACUUUGUGAUUAUUCCCUCUGAAGGAAUAGAGAACAGGACAGAGACAGACUCCCCAUUAUCCAGAGACUGGCCACCAGGUAGCCCCGCAACCUGUCUGGAGGCUUCAUGGGAAGAACAGCUGUUGGAACAACAAGAACAUUUAGAAAAAGAAAUGGAGGAAGCCAAGAAAAUGAUAUCAGGAUUACAGGCCUUACUGCUCAAUGGGUCCUUACCUGAAGAUGAACAGGAGAGGCCCUUGGCGCGCUGUGAACCAGGGGUCAGUCCCGAGGAACAACUGAUUAUAAUCCAAAGUCGUCUGGAUCAGAGUGUGGAGGAGAAUCAGGACCUAAAGAAGGACUUGCUGAAAUGUAAACAAGAAGCCAGAAACUUACAGGGGAUAAAGGAUGCCUUGCAGCAGAGGUUGACUCAGCAGGACACAUCUGUUCUUCAGCUCAAACAAGAACUACUGCGGGCAAAUAUGGACAAAGAUGAGCUGCACAACCAGAAUGUGGAUCUGCAGAGGAAGCUGGAUGAGAGGAACCGGCUCUUGGGAGAAUACAAAAAAGAGCUGGGGCAGAAGGACCGCCUCCUCCAGCACCACCAGGCCAAGCUGGAGGAAGCACUCCGGAAACUCUCCGAGGCCAGUUACCAGCAGGUGGAUCUAGAGCGGGAGCUGGAGCACAAAGAUGUCCUUUUGGCUCACUGUAUGAAGAGAGAGGCAGAUGAGGUGGCCAACUACACCAGUCACAACUCUCAAAGCAAUGGUUUUCUCCCUCCAGUGGCAGGGAAAGGAGCUGCUUCAAUCACGCCCAGAGGGACCAGUGACCUGCAGCUUGUUCGCGACGCCCUCCGCAGCCUGCGCAACAGCUUCAGUGGCCACGACCCUCAGCACCACACCAUCGACAGCCUGGAGCAGGGCAUCUCCAGUCUCAUGGAGCGCCUGCAUGUCAUGGAGACCCAGAAGAAGCAAGAAAGAAGGGUUCGGGUCAAGUCACCCAGAACUCAAACAAGUAGUGAAUACCGGGAGUCCUGGCCCCCUAAUUCCAAGUUGCCUCACUCACAGAGCUCACCUACUGUCAGCAGCACCUGCACGAAAGUGCUCUAUUUCACUGACCGGUCACUUACACCCUUCAUGGUCAAUAUACCAAAGAGGUUGGGGGAGGUGACACUGAAGGAUUUUAAAGCAGCUAUUGACCGAGAAGGGAACCACCGGUACCAUUUCAAAGCGCUGGAUCCUGAGUUUGGCACUGUCAAAGAGGAGGUUUUCCAUGAUGAUGAUGCCAUCCCUGGAUGGGAAGGGAAAAUUGUAGCCUGGGUGGAAGAAGACCAUGGAGAGAAUUAAUGCUGAGUAUUAGAUUGGGGCUUGUAGAACUUGGCACUCCCUGGCUGCUUCACUCAGGAAAGAGAACUAAAACUAGAAUACCCUAAGAAGUUUCUAGUGUGUGCUGCCAAAAUAGAAGCUUCUCCAAGUGUGACAACCACAGGCCAGUCCUGUUUCUGUGCCUGGCAAAUGUGGUACUUAAAAUCUCUGCCCAAAUGUGGACCGUGAAUUCAUCUGGAGUUCCUUGUCUGUGGGAACACGAUGUUUUAUUCCACUCUGAGGACAACAAACCGAAGGCCUUAACCAAAAAGAAUGGAUGAUCUUGCUCUUGUAGGGGCAUGGCUGCUAUUAUCUGGAAUUUGGGAAUGGAUGCAUCACUCCGCUGUGUUACAGUGUUAUUUUAAUUGGCCUCAGUGGUUGCAGCAAUCAGAGUCCCAGCAAUUGUACUCACAGACAAGGCAUAGGUACCAGCUAUUUUGCUUCUUUGAAGUUACUACAAACCAAGAAUAACUCGUGGGGUGGUACCAAAGACGAAAGCCCUCUUCAGGAAUCUUUUGUACAGGACAUGGAUGGUGCUGACUUGGUUGGAUGGAUACAAGGCUGCCCAUAUUGUGCUAUACUGUGCUAAAACCGUCAUUAAGUAAGACCUUGAGCUGCCUCUUGUGUCUUAACUGGUUCUGCAACUUGUCCUUUAGCCCACAGGGCAUAGUCCAUGUACUGCUAGUUUUCUCUGGGGACUCUUCAACUUUAGAGCCACUUUUUUUUUCAUUCCAACCGAUGAGUUUUGUAUUUGAAAGGAGUAAGGAGUGAAAAUCUCCUUAAAAAUCCAGGCGGGUAUGGAAAGGUGCUGCUACCCAUAUCUUCUUGACUUUCUUUCUCUCAUGACUUCUUUAGCUCAUGGCAUCUCCUUUGCAGUCAAAAGGAGAAACCAUUAAUUUCAGUAUUUGUGGUUUAUGAAGUAUUGAGCAUGAGUUACUGGCCUGCCCCUCUUCAGUUCAAGGCCAGAGUUAUUUUGUUAUAUAUUUAGUCUAGGCUGAUCAUGUAGGGCACAAUAGAACCAUGGGGCAUGGAGCAUGAGUUGUAAAUGGCAGGGUUGAUUCUGGGUGGAAAAACCUAGAAAUCUUUCUCAUGUGCAACACUGUCAAGUGUAGAAGCUAAAAGAAAAUAGUUAAAUUUCUAGGGAUUACUUAAUAACUUGGGUUUUCUCAUUCAUUCAAGUAUUGUCAACCAGUCAGCCAUUUUAUAUAUAUAGAUAAAUUUUUGCCCUCAAAAGCAGUCUGCCUAUGACCACCAAUGUACACUGCCAACCAGAAAACUCGGACAGAUCAGUUCUGGGUUCCUGAACUGUCUGUCUCUAGUUCAUCUCCCCCUCUCAGCCAUUUCAACAGACUACUUGUUGGAGCUCUGAGAUGACAUUUUAUUGUUUUAUAUAGACCUGUCUUUUUUAAAUUGUUCAUGAUUGGAGAAUUCUUUUGUACUCAUUUGAUUUCUGUCUGAGAACCAUGUCUAUUUUUAUAACUUGAGUGUGAGUCCUGUAUAUUCUCACAUUCUGUAUACUGUAUCCAUUUUCUGGAGAACCCAGUAGCUUUUAUAUGGGCUCUUCAUAUCAGCCCUUGUGGUUUCAGAAUAAGCUUUAUUUUAUUACAUGCAUACUAAUGAUAACUAACUCCUGUUCCAGUUCUACCUAUCAUUUAAUUGUGGAGAUAGUUUAACAUAAUCUAUUUGACUGCUCUUCUAACAGACAGGAAAAAGACACCUGAUGUCUUCAUGUAAGUUUACCUGGUCUUCUCCUAUUGAAGAAUGACUUCUCAUCAGAAAUGACUGAAAGUUUGGGAAAGUCAGUUAAAAGCAAGAAUAAUUCAUUAUGAAUGCAAACAGAAUAAAACAAUGUAUUCUGUUUUUUUUCCCCAGGAAAUCUGGAGAAAAGUCCUCCUGUCACUAAUUUGUCUGUUGCAUGAAUUUUAGUGUUUGCUAUAAGACAGCAUGAGGGUUAUCAGGCCAAAAUUCAUUAUUGUAUUUCCAGUACAAUUUAUCUUGAGUGUCUGUCUCUUAUAUCAGUUUGUAAUGUCAGUUUUCUUUUAGCAAACAUUCUUACCAUCAUGUCGAAUUUACCUUUUCAGAGAAAAUUAAAUCAGAGAAAGUUUUCAAAGUCCUCUACCUUGUCUUUUAUCUCCAUGUCCUUUGGUAAAGGACCCGCAUGGCCUUAGCACUGCCGUAGAAAGCUAAAGUUGUGUUCAGAGAAGAAAAUGAGAUACUUUUUUUCCUUUAGUUCAUUAAUCUCAUAUUACAGGAUGUUAUUCCAGUAAUUCUUGUGUAAAAUGUGUUGGUAAUCUUCAUUCCAGUUUCUAAAGACAGAGAGACCUCCUGAAAGAAGUGUGCAUCGAUUUGUUCUGGUUUGAACAGUCUCCUCUUGGAUACACUGUGACUGUAGAGGCCUCCGGACUUAGAGUAUUCUCCCCAGUGGCUUUUGUGUGGGACAGUCCUUCCUGCUACUGCUGAAGUUCUCUUUCUUCGAGAAAAUGAAGGAACUAGAAUGUUUAGAGUUCAUAAAAUAAUCUCUAAACGCUAUUAGAUUUAAAAAAUGACCCUCUUAUAAAAACUAGUUUAGUAGUCCUGGCUGGUUUGGCUCAGUGGUUA